GUUGAGAGUAAAUAGCUAAUCUUCUUGUGUUCAAAAAUUGCAUACAUUCUUUGCUUAACCCGAAUUAUAAAUCAACCAGAAGGUUUAGAUUUAAAUUGAUUUUCCAAGCUAGAAAUGAAAGUUCAUAUUCAUUUUUUCCCCUUCUUUUCCAGAUCAGCGUUAAAAUCAUCACAUUUAAUAACAAUAUGCCUGAUACAACUGUAGACCAGCCAGUAGAAUACCCUUUAGAAGAUGUCGAUGAAAAAGUCAUAACCGAAAGCGAGGAGACAAUAGAUCUUGCGGAAGAAGAAGUCAGCAACAAUUAUUCAAGAAAUGAGCCAGCUAUUACGGUCGAGGAAAAUGUAUUAAUUACGUCAAUGACAUUGAUUCACGUGGAAGACGCAAUAAAUGUGGAUAACACUAUAAAUGAGGAUAGUGUCUUGGCAAAUAAUAAUUCAGAAGCUAUUGAAACAAAUAUUGCUAGUGUUAGAGCAGUUGAGAAGGCUGCUUCACCUGUAUCAGAAGACGAUAUACCUCAACGAUUACAUCGUAGGUCUGCCAGUGGGGAUGUGUCAUUAUUAUCUAAAUCUUCUAGAGAUGACGAGAAGAAAGCCGCAGAUAUCAAUGUCAAAUUCAGUCCAGUUACGGAAGAGGAGAAUAAAAUUGUUAAUGCGAAUUUAGACGAAGUCGUGCUCAGUAUUAUUGAUAACAAUGAGGAAAUACAAUCGAGUCGGGAAAUUUAUAACGAAAGGAACGUUACUCACAGUCCUUACACAACAAGUAAAGAAGCCGAGCUUAAUCUUGACACUAAUGAUGACGAUAGUAACAGUUACAACCCAAUAAUUGAUAAUGUAGAAAUAGUCAAUCAUGAUCAUUUUGCUCAUAUUGAGAAGAGUCUUAUGUUCAGUAGUCCUGAUGUCAACAAUGAAGACGAAACUGAUAUUAAUCCUAACCUCACCGAUCAUAAUGGAGACAUUAUUGACCUUGAUUCUGCGAAGAUUAAUGAAGAAAACAAUGUCCUUAACCCUGCUAUAGAAAUUGGAGAAAAAACCAAGCCUAACACGGUUAUUUGUAUCAAAGGUGACGAAAGGUUUACACCUGUCAAUAUUAUCAAGGAAUGUGUUGAACCUGUUGCUAUUUCUAAUGGUAGAAAGAAAGCUGAGCUCAACCCAACAAUUGAUAUCCUGAGAAAAGAUGCGGCAGGUCUGCACAUCAAUAUUGAGGAAAAGGCAAAACUUAGCCCUACUCUUACUACUGAAGGAAAAGCCAUACACAUUUGUGCUAUUGAUACUGAAGGACCACCUACUCUCAACUUAGUAGUUGAUAAAGAAGUAGAUCUCAAUCCUGUUACUUUUUCCAGGAAAAAAGCCAACUUAAGCACUGUUACCGACAUUGACGAAAUUGUUGACGAUAUACAACUUCCUGUUGCUGAUAGUCAAGAAAAGAUUAACUUUAAACUAAUUAAUGGAGAAACAAAGGAAGCCAAGCCUGACUUACCGCAUAGCAGCGAAGAAAAGUACAAUUUGGGCGUUGUUGAAGAUAACGAAAACUGUGUCAAACUUCAGCCUGCUACUGAAAAUGUAGAGAAAACACCCAUACCAUCGCCUGUUAAUGUCAAGAAAGGGUUAAGACUUAUUAAUCGAGACAUAAGCAUUUCAUCUAUUUUCAGUCUUUGUAGACAAACGCGAUCAGCUAGGUAUAUAGAAAAGGAGAGCCAGAAAGAAAAGUCAAAGAAGAGAAAAUAUGGAUCCAAGCGAUAUUUAUCAGUCGUAACAGCAGUCAUUAUGAAAUAUUUCGCAGCGACUAGAAGAGACUCCAUCAUACUGGUAUCAUCAUCGUCAUCAGCUAAAUCAUCCUUGAAUAGUGAUACCGUUUCAGAAGCAUUAUUAAAAAGAUUACAGGAAGAAGAUGACAAAAGAAACCACAUUUCUAUACGUUGGAAACUGUAUCUCGCCCAACAACGACGAACACGUUCUGAUACAGCACUAUGGAAUAAAAAGGACCCAAUGUGGGAUACGAUGCGCGAAUACUGGCAAGAGUCGCGUUUCAGUGAUAUUUUUAACCGCAAUAAGUUGGCCCACCGAUCUGUACCUGGUCUCGAAACCGAUGAUGACUUGGGUAGAAUACAAGUGCCUUACGAAUACCCUUGGCGAGAACGUACACCCCAGCCGAGAGAGCGCUGGUGGGAUGAUGGCAAAUUUCAUGACUUUCCUUAUGACCAAUUCUCCCCUGCUCGUUCGCUCUGUUCGGAAGAUAACCUACGGGCAAAAUAUACUUAUGGGCGUUUCGAUCAGCCUUUACGCAGUUACGCAGGUUCAACAGUUUCGGUAAAAGAGGUCACAAAAGAAGACAGAAAGUUGAUGUACCUAGAGAAUGCUAUAAAUGAAUUGUAUCAAACAGAAGACGCUUAUAAUCGACAACUUGAAGGUCUCUCUGAGCAUUAUUUCAGACUGAUGGAAUCAGCAGGUAUCGUAACAGACGAGAUUCGUUCUGUUCUAAUGCGUAACGGAAGAGAAUUGUAUCAAUUCCAUGAGGCCUUUAAGGAGGAGUUAGAAGCUGCAAGGACUACAGAUGGCAUAGGCUACUGUUGCUCUUAUAAAAAUUUGCUUAAUAUUGCAAAAUGUUUAAAAAAAUGGGCACCGAAAUUCGAUAUUUAUGUAGACUUUUGUACUGGGCAUGAAGCAGCCUUAAAAUUAGUUGAACAUCUCGAAAAGACCAAUGAUAGGUUCUUUACUACAAUGUCUCAAAUUCGACGAUUUCAAUGGGUAAUUUACAACAACAUCAAGGUUACCUUUGAGGAUUAUUUGCAUUUUCCUUUUCAGCGCAUUUGCCGUUAUAACCUACUAAUUACUGCUAUCGCCAAGGGUAUUGAGGAUAAAACUUCGGAAGAAUAUCGUACACUUGAAGAAGCCAAAGCACUUUAUCAUCAAGUUCUCGUUCAAAUAAACGAACGGAAAGCACAAAUGCAAGCCGUAAAGAAAACAAAACUAUUCAUUUCCAGAAUAGAACCAGAUUGGCGCUUACCCUUUUUCUGGGCUGAAAUGCUUGGCCCCUGUAUCUUGAUUGGAACGCUCGAGGUGCGUUAUAACCAGGAAAGAUGGGCCAAACGUAGGGGAUGCGGCCUAUUCAAGCAAUAUUGCAUAAUGGUAAAAGCGAAAGACGACGAUAGAUAUGAGGGUACACAUUGGUUUCCACUUCAAAAGUGUGAGAUUGAAGACCACUCAGAACAUAAAGUUAGUUGGGUAUUACGCUAUAAUGACCACAGAUUCGAAAUGAGCGCGCUCAGUGCAUUAGAAAAAAAUCUAUGGAUAACCACUCUGAAAAAUGCAAUAGCUGAGUCAAAACAACUGUGUCAGGAAGACCCAGCAGAGCGUCUGCUGGGAAAUAUCUUUAUCUCCAAUCUUGAUCCGCAACCUUCUGACCCGCGAGAGCUAAAGUAUAAUGAAGGGCUAUUUGCAUUUGGAGCAGAGCAACCCUCAAAUCGACAAUCGAUGGCUAGCACCGUUACAUUUGCAACGGCUGUUUCGUGUUCAAAUCUUCCCUCAAAGCGAAACAGUAAAACAUCUAUUUCCGAUGUCAAUUUACACGAAUUGGGUCGAAGUGAAGCCAAAAAUGUCAACACACGUAAACUUCCUUCUCGAAAUAGCCGCCCUCAUAGCAUGGAAGAUUUACAAUUUUUUUUUUCCAAUGCAUCAGAGAGAUUACCAAAAAGACCUGUUACCAUUAGCAACAACCGACAGAAGGCAUUUGAAGCAAAGUUUUCAGAUGUUUGUUACACUCCUGUUCUGAAAGCUCGCAUUGAUUUCUCUGCUUUCAGUCCUGGAAAUAGCAGACGGAUGUCCAUCAUUAAAAAUCCGGCUGAUUUGUUCAAAAGACCAGUCUCUGAAAUACUCUUAUCUUAUAAUAAUGUCAGGGACUCUUAUUUACGACAUUCGCGUUCACUUAAUCUAGGGGAAGGCUCUUCCUCCAGUAAAACGGAAAAUCAGUGUAAUGAUAUCGAUGAUCGUACUAGCCUAAAAAGCCAGAAUGAUGGUAAUGAUAGCAAGACAACCUUUUUCGAAGUGCGACCUACAGUUUCACAUCGUCGAGCUGAUUUGGUGUUUAAGAAUAUAGCUCUACGUGCGAACACUUUAUUCAGAAAGAAAGCUUUUAAAGACAAAAAGAAACACAAAUAGCUCAUAAUUUGUAGAUACUUCAACUAUACCUUCAUGCAGGAGUUCUGACUAUUUAACUUUACCACUUCACAAUCACUAUGAUCGUCGAAAACCAUCAUACCUUUUGAUUUAUUUGUAUGCUUUUACUUGUCGAGU